GUCUUGCUGGAUACUGCUUUUUUGCGCACCAGCCCUUGCAGACAACUUUACGCAGGAUGUCGAGGCUUACCUUGAGUCCCUGGCUAAGCUGCAACAUUUCGACCGCACGGAGAAGGACAAGGCCAUGCGCGGCUCCGCGAGACGAGGAUGCAGCAAGUCGGAAGUUUUCAAUUGCUGGGACAAUCCUAGCUGCUGCGAUAGCAGCGCGACGUGCUACGUCAAGCACCACGGCCUCGCCACGUGCAAGCAGCAGUGCACUCCAGGCGUUGAUGGCAAUGAUCCGAAAGACUGGCAGACGCCUUGGUCCUGCCAAGAGCUGAACAGCUUCAAGAAGUCGUUGAAGGCAAUGCAGCCAGUGCAAGCAGUGCAACCAUUGGACGCACCCAUGAAUGUGUCUUUGCGGGCCGACACCAAGCUGUGGUGUUCCACAUCUUGGAGAGGUGAUUGCCGGUACAAACCCAAUUGCUGUGACUCAUCCUUCACCUGCUUUGAGAGGGAUUCCGUCUAUGCCACUUGCCUUCCCAGCUGCCAACCUGGCAUUCACUGGGAGGAUCCACCACAAUAUCGCUACCCCUGGUCAUGCAACGCCAUCCGCGGGCCAAGCCCACCACCCCCACCCCCACCCGCACCGCCUGCAUCCUGCUCGGCCUCCUGGACAGCGAACUGCCACAGCAACCCCAUUUGCUGCGAGUCCGGGUUCACGUGCUACGAAAAGAGCAACAACUACGGGGCCUGUUUGAAUUACUGCUCUCCCGGCAUCCAUUACGAGGAGCCAGCGGAAUUCCGCACGCCCUGGAGCUGUCGUGUUCUGACGCCGGGUGCUUGGCCUUCUCCUUCGCCCUCGCCGCCGCCUCCGUCACCACCACCGCCGGCAUCCUGCUCGGCCUCCUGGAGUCAAAAUUGCAUGGGCAACCCCACCUGCUGUGAUGGCUCCUUCAAAUGCUACGAGAAGAACAAUGGCUAUGGCGCCUGCUUGGAUACCUGCACACCAGGCAUCCACUGGUCAGAGCCAGCACAGUAUCGCAGCCCUUGGAGUUGCCGCGUUGUGGGAGGCCCAUCCCCGCCACCUCCCACUCCGCCACCUCCCACCCCGCCCCCUCCGCCAACGCCAAGCCCAGCCCCACCAGCUCAAUGCUCCCCAUCCUACUCCGGCAAUUGCUUGGCUGCAUCAACAUGCUGUGACUCAAACAGCCGCUGCUUCAUGAAGAACAACGACUACGGCCAGUGCAUGUCCUCGUGCACCCCGGGCGUUCAUUGGAACGACCCUCCAGAGUUUCGCACCCCUUGGUCCUGCACUGUGGUGGGUGGUCCAGCGCCGACCCCAACCCCCACCCCAACCCCCACCCCAACCCCCACUCCAACCCCCACCCCAACCCCGCCGACGCCAGUACCCACCCCAGCCACGCCAGCUCCCUCACCACUACCAACGCCAACUCCAGGAGACGACGUGGACAUCCCCUUCUUGCACGACUCCUUGUACUCGCCCAGCAGCGCAGAGCUGAUGACCUUUCAUAUGUACCGAGCCCAGGGGCAUGGCGACUAUCCCCCGCUGAAUGUCAACACGGGCAACCUUGCUGGCAUCAUGUGGUAUAUCCAAAAUGAAGUGGUGUCCGGAGCAUACGGCAAUGGCAACAAGUUCGGCAUCGAGCGCAUUAGGCGCUUCAAAGUUCAGACAAAGGCAACCCAGACCUUGGUGGAAGUCAACAUGAACUUUGGAGUCCGCGUCGCCUUCGACUACGGAAACUGCACUGGUCCAACCUGCCGCUUCGAUUGGGAGGAAUAUGGGUACAAUGUGGGCUGCAACAACCUUGGAAUGUUCCCUUUCCCAAAGUUCGAGACGAACUACUCGGGCGGAGUUUGGUACAGUCUUCCUGGCGCUUGCCCCUCGAUGCCAUACUACAGCCAGACGCCGGAAUGUGAAGAAUUGCAGCCCGGCGGGCUAUGCGAUAUGGCCACUGGAGCCGGCGAUUGUACUUGGAGCUAUGAGGACGUAGGCGAUCAGAUCUGGCUUGGAGACCUGUACAGCGCCGCCAAGAUGAGCAUGCAGCAGUUUUGGGACCACAGUGACAACGUAACCUACAACGACUUCAAAGUGAAGGUUGCCCGAGACCUCUUUGAAGAGAAGUAUGGGGCAGAGCUGCCCAACCCCCCGUGCGACUUCGACUUCGGGCAUUGGGUUCUUGGUCUGGAGAUUUACACUGACCUGACCGCAGACAUGCAGCCUUCAAUCGGGCCUUCCAUGAGCAGGCACCGGAGGACUGCCCUCAGCUUCCGGGACUCCGCGCUGCCGCCGAUCUUCACCAUCGCCAUCCAGACGCUGCAGCAGUUGAGCUCCGGCUCCAUCAACGUGGCGGAUAAGAGUGACGAGCGGCGGCUGACAAAGCAGGUGCUGAACCUCUCCUGCAAUUGCCUGUCCUUCGACUUCAUGGGCACCAUCCCCGAUGAUACGUCUGACGAGCAGGGCACGGUCAUGGUCCCCCACAGCUGGAACAUGCUGCGGGACGAUGGCAUCCCCAAGUUGUUCUUCGACAUGUUCUCCAGGAGCUGCACCUAUCAGUGGACAGAGUGCGCUCAGUUCUGCCUGCAAUUCCUGGUUCUGCUUGCAGCUCUUAGGCGUUCCUUCUUUCAGAAGGAAGAAGAUCGAACGCGGCUGCUGGCCAGCAUGAUGCAGGGCUCGACAGCCAUCUUGGCCUCCAAGAUGGGUCUGCAGGACCACAAUUGCUACCACGAGCUUUGCCGACUGCUGGGCAAGAUUAACGCCACGCACCAGCUCAACGAGCUCUGCGCUAACGAGCAGUUUCAGUCGUGGAUCGAGCAGGUCUACGGCUUUACCAUGGACAGCCUCAGGAGAUGGGAGGUGAUGCCAAACUCGAAACACUACCUCCUUGGCUUUUGGGCCGCAAUGGUGAGCCCUGUCAUCUUGCUGCAGGACAAAGCCCCAAAGGCUUUGGAGAGCUUCAUCCAGCAGGCGGGGGGCACCGCCCGCCUGCUGCUUGCGCCUGACAUUUUUUUGCAGGUUGCGCCAGAGAAAUCGAAGGGAUUCCUUGUCGGGGGAUAUGAUAAGACCUUGAACAUGGGUCUCUUGAAAAAACAGAUGGCAAUCAGCACUGCCUUGCAGCAUUUGCAUGUUGCCAGCCAUUUUCCGUGGCCAACACGUCAGGGCUCAAGAGUGUAG